UAAUUUUAUUUCAUUUAUCUGUUUGUUUGUAUUUUUUUUUCCGAAUCGAACCGUGUGUGUGUGUGUGUGUGUGUUAUUGUUACAUCCGUUUUUGUUCUUCGGCGUUUCGCCCCGGCGUCCGUCCGUCCGUCCGUGUGCGCCGCUCGUGUUGUUUUUUUUUUUUUUUUUUAAUUGUUUUUAUUUCUCGUCCGUCCGUCGCAACCACGACCGCCGUCGUGCGAAACAAUAUGGUUUACCGACGGGGAAAGUGAGACGAUGAUGUCGUUCUGUGUUCCGAGCUCCGCGCCACCACCGCUCGUGACGGCCGAGGAAAUAUAACGGGAACGGGUCGUCGCCGUCGUGAUCGAUCGUAGAUCGGUUCGAGUACACGUGAACACGACGAGCGAUGCUGCCGAACGCAGCGGCGUUACCGAUAACAAUAAUUUACCGUUGCCGUUGUUUUUCGCCGACCGCGUAGUGGAGUACAAGUCCGCAGCCUGCCUAGCUGGCACAGCAUUUUCGCGUGUGCGAUCCAUAUCGUGUUUUUUACGUCGCCGACCACCAUGCCUUGAUACGGACGCCGCACGCCAUGCCGCCGUUCUCUAAACACAAGGAAUAGAUUUCUAUACGGCCAUCUAUCAACAUAUGUCUUCCAUAUUCCCAUGUACUGGAAAACCCAGACGGCAGAAUACAAUGCAGAUUCCCCACCAUCAACUGUGGGUAAUACUUUUCUAUUUGGCAUGCCUAAAUGUAAGUUAUGGUAAUUCCAAUAUAAUAAAAAUAUUCGAAGAUGAUGAAUCAACACCUAUGUUCAAUAACCUUGUUGUUGACAAGAAUACUGGGCGCCUAUUCGUGGGUGCUGUAAAUCAUCUUUAUCAACUUACACCUGAUCUCAAUGUAACCAAUCAAGUGGUUACGGGCCCCAUUGAAGAUUCAUUCGAAUGUGGGGCCAAUGUAUGUCCUAACUCAACCAUUAAAAGCUUAACUGACAAUGUAAAUAAAGUACUUGUCAUUGAUUAUUCUACAUCUAGGAUAAUCACUUGUGGAUCAGUUUCACAAGGCAUGUGCACAGUUCAAAAUUUAAAUAACAUAUCUGAUACAGUACAAUUAGUUAAAGAAGCCGUGGUUGCCAAUAAUUUGGAAGCAUCGACUGUUGCUUUUAUAGCACCAGGACCUCCAAAUCCACCCAUGACUCAAGUCAUGUAUAUUGGAGUCACAUUUACUGGCAAUUCUCCUUACCGUUCUGAUGUUCCAGCUAUUGCCUCUAGAAGCUUAGAUAGUCAAAAUAUGUUAAAUAUUGCUUACCUUGGAGUGAUUUCUGGUACACGAGUAUUUGUUAAUACUUUAAACCGUGAGCGUUAUCUCAUAAAUUACAUUUAUGGUUUUAGUUCUGAAACUUUCAGUUACUUUUUAACUACACAAAUGCGUAGUGCAACGUCGCCAUCCCCAUACAUAUCUAAAAUGGUUAGAUUAUGUCACGAAGAUAAAAGUUAUUAUUCCUACACAGAAAUUCCACUAGAAUGCACUAGUAAAGAACAGUCAUAUAAUUUAGUGCAAGCUGGUUAUGUUGGAAAAAUUGGCUCAGACUUGGCUACAGAUCUAGGUAUUACACCGCAAGAUGAUGUUUUAUUUGCUGUAUUUUCAGGUAGUAACCAGAGUGAAAGCGAAUUGAAAAAUAAACCUAAUGACCAAAGUGCACUGUGUGUUUAUUCAUUAAAAGCUAUAAGAAGAAAAUUUUUACAAAAUAUCAACGCAUGCUUUAGUGGUAAAGGAAAUCGAGGUUUGGACUUCAUUUCUCCAAGCCAUAUAUGUGUUGGAACUAAACUUCAAACAAUAACCGAAGACUUUUGUGGUAUGGAUGUUAACACCCCCUUAGGAGGAGAUUCACCUAUGACUGCUAUUCCAGUAUUAACAUUCAAUACUCGUCUAACUGCUGUGACUGCAACAUCAACAGGUGACUUUACUGUUGUGUUUGUUGGAACCAAUAAUGGUCAUGUUAAGAAAAUAGUAGUUGAGAGUUCUGUAAAAGCUAUUGAAUAUGGAGAUAUUGUUAUUCAAGAGAAUUCUCCAGUCAAUCCAGAUUUAAUUGUUGAUCCUCAACAAAUGCAUUUAUAUGCAAUGACUAAAAAUAGAGUUUCUAUGAUAAAAGUUCAAGAAUGUCAUAUGUACUCUUCAUGUUUAGAUUGCUUAGCUGCCAAAGACCCUUACUGUGGGUGGUGUUCAUUAGAGAAUAAGUGUAGUUUACGCUCAAAUUGUGAAGAUGCAGCAAAUGACCCAUUGUAUUGGAUACCUUAUAAAAGUGGGAAAUGUACUACAAUAGCUUCUGUUACUCCAAAUCAACUCCAAAAAACUACUGCACGAACAUUAGAACUAGUCAUUGAUAAUUUGCCAUUACUGGAAGGACCAUUCCACUGUGCAUUUUCAGUAUUUGAUAAAGUAUUAAUCACUAAUGCUACAAGAAAAUCUUUUGGUGUAAAUUGUACAACACCACGAACAGAUUUACUACCAUUCAUACCUUCUAACCAACAUCAUUUUACUACUAAGUUAUCUGUUAAAACGGCAAAAGGACCUAACUUUGUAGCCACUAAUUUCACAUUCUUUGAUUGUAGUACUUAUACAUCAUGUACACAAUGUGUCAAUUCUUCUUUCCCAUGCGAUUGGUGCGCAGAAGCUCAUAGAUGUACGCACGAUACCGCAGAAAAUUGUAGAAAUGACAUUUUAGUAACUGGUGUAAAUCGAGUUGGUCCAAGUUUCAGAAGUGGUCCAUCAUUUUGUCCAACAAUCAAUGGAUCUGAUACAGGAAGUACAGAAAUUUUAGUACCUUCUGGUAUUAAAAAAUCAAUUAGAGUUAAAGUUCACAUAAUUGGUCAAUUUAUUGCUCAAACACGUUUUGUAUGCCAAUUUAAUAUCGAAGGUCGUGUUUCAAGUGUAAAUGCGGCAUUAGUAGCUGACACUAUAUAUUGUGAAACAAUGGAAUUCAGUUAUAACUCGCAUUUCUCAAAUAUAACUGCAACUUUUGCUGUGAUUUGGGGUGGAUCAAAACCAUUAGAUAAUCCCCAUGACAUUCAUGUUGUAAUAUAUAGAUGUAGUGAUAUGGCAGAUGAUUGUGGUAUGUGUUUAGCAUUGCCUGAAAAAUAUAGAUGUGGGUGGUGUCAAACAAGUAAUAGUUGUGAAGUUAUAGAUCAGUGUGACAGGGCAGUUGGUAUAUGGCUUAAUCGAAACAAAACUUGCCCUAAUCUGCAAAUUACAUCAUUUUGGCCACUUGCUGGACCAUGGGAAGGUCAUACUAAUAUUACAAUUAUUGGAAAAAAUUUAGGAAAAAGUUUCAAUGAUAUAUAUAGUGGUGUUACUGUUGCUGGACUUCGGUGUGCUCCAUAUGCACAUCUUUAUGAAACAACGAGAAAAAUAGUGUGCAGAGUUGAUGGACCUGGAAGUGAAGAUAUAAGAGAAGGCCCUAUCGUAGUUCAAGUUGAAGGGUAUAGAGGUGAAUCAAAAACAAAUUAUCAUUUUGUUGAUCCCAUCAUUACUAGUUUAUAUCCUGUUUUUGGUCCUAAAUCUGGCGGGACUACUCUGAAAAUUGUUGGAAAAUUCAUGAAUGCCGGAAGUAAUAUUCAAGUAUUUUUCGAAGAUACUUUACCAUGCAUUGUUAUCAAUAGUACCUUAACUGAAACUACUUGUAUCACCAGUGCUUCUGAUACUCAAAAAGUUGGAAAAUUUAAAAUGUUCUUUGAUAAAUCUGAAAGGAAUUUUGACCGACAAACAUACGAGUACACUGAUGAUCCAAGUGUUGAGUCAGUUGAAUCUGGUGCUCCAGGUCAAGUUAAAGUGCCUAAAGGCAUUGUAUCUGGUGGUAUAAAAGUUUCUGUUAAUGGUAAAAAUUUUGCGUUUGUCCAAGCUCCUCGUUUGUAUGUCUAUUACAUGAAUAAUAUCUAUUUCGGUAAUUGUUUUGUGUUAAGUAAUUCUAAUUUGAUUUGCGAGUCUCCAAAAGUUACUCCACUUCAACGAAAUCAACCAGAUCCUGACAAACCUAUUGAAUUAGACUAUGGAUUUGAAAUGGAUAAUGUGACAGAUGUUCAAAAUAUAUCAAUGAAGGUAGGAUUUCCUAAAUUCAUGCUUUUCCCAGAUCCGUUAUAUACAAAAUUCGACGAAGACAUUAAAUUUUAUAAAAGCGAUUAUUUAACUAUAAAUGGUCAUCACUUGGAUCGAGCUUGCCAAGAAACUGACGUUACAGUGCAAAUUGGGACAAGUUACUGUAACGUGACUUCUUUGUCUCGGCAUCAACUUACUUGUAGACCUCCACCCAUACAACCACAAGCUAUGCAAGAUCCAGAUUAUCGAUUAUCCAACUCUCAAGAACUUCCAGAAGUAAUUGUAACAGUUGGUUCAAAUCUAAAGUUUAAUAUUGGUAAACUCAGUUACGCUCCAUCUGGAGUUAAUAGUCCACUAACAAAACCGGCUCUUUUUGGUGGUAUUAUUGGCAUGGCUAUAAUUUUUAUUAUUUUUGUUGCAUUUUUAAUUGCGUAUCGCCGUAAAUCAACUGAAAGUAGUCGUGUCUUAAAAAAUAUGCAAGAACAGAUGGAUAUAUUGGAAUUAAGAGUAGCAGCUGAAUGUAAAGAAGCAUUUGCUGAACUCCAAACAGAAAUUACAGAUAUUGCUGGGGAUCUUACUUCUGGUGGUAUUCCAUUUUUGGAUUAUCGUACAUAUUCAAUGAAAAUUUUGUUCCCGAAUAUGGAAGAUCAUGGAGUCCUCCAGCGAGAAAAACCAGAAUUAAUUCGAAAAGAAAAAGGCAUUCGUUUAUUUGGUCAAUUAAUAUUAAACAAAACUUUUUUGUUAUUAUUUAUUAGAACUUUGGAAAGUAAUCGAUAUUUUUCAAUGAGAGAUCGGGUGAAUGUAGCUUCUUUGAUUAUGGUGUCACUGCAGAGUAAAAUGGAAUACUGUACUGAUAUACUAAAAACUUUACUUGCUGAACUUAUUGAAAAAUGUAUGGAAGGUAACAGCCAUCCAAAGUUACUUUUGAGACGCACAGAAAGUGUUGCGGAAAAAAUGUUGUCAUCAUGGUUUACGUUUCUAUUGUAUAAAUUUUUAAGAGAAUGUGCAGGAGAACCUUUAUAUUUAUUAUUCAGAGCAAUGAAACAACAAGUGGAUAAAGGGCCGGUUGAUGCAAUCACCUCGGAAGCAAGAUAUUCGCUGAGUGAAGAGAAAUUAAUCAGACAAUCAAUAGAUUUUGUUCCUAUGACCGUGUAUGUUUCUAUUUCUCAACAGACUGCUUUUGUCACUGGACUGGAUCCAAACACUGAAAAUAUACCAGUUAAAGUUUUAGAUUGUGAUACAAUUUCACAAGUAAAAGAAAAAGCUCUGGAUACUAUUUAUAGGGCGAUGCCUUGUAGUCAACGUCCUCGGACCUGUGAACUUGAUGUAGAAUGGAGAACCGGCACUUCUGGUCGAUUAAUUCUUUAUGAUGAAGACUCGACAACAAAAGUGGAAGGCGAAUGGAAGAAACGUAACACUCUGCAUCAUUAUAUGGUACCAGAUGGCGCAUACCUGAAUUUAGUAUCUGUCAAGCAAAUGUCAACCUACAAUUUAUCAAUACUCUCAGAUCGAAUGGAUAAACAUAAAUAUGAAACCUUAAAUUUAACGAAAUUUAACUAUGAUAGCCCACCAUAUAGUAGGGCCACAUCACCGUUAAAUAAUGAUCAGGAUGGUGGUCUUAAGUGUUGGCAUUUAGUUAAACAUCACGAUAAUGAUGCACAAAAAGAAGGGGAACGUGGUAAUAAAAUGGUUUCAGAAAUAUAUCUUACGCGUUUGUUAGCCACCAAAGGUACUCUACAAAAGUUUGUUGAUGAUUUAUUCGAAACUAUUUUUAGUACUGCACACAGAGGAAGUGCUCUACCUUUGGCUAUUAAAUACAUGUUUGAUUUCCUUGACGAUCAAGCAAUUCAACACGGUAUUACUGACCACGAAGUCGUACAUACGUGGAAAAGCAACAGUCUUCCAUUGCGUUUUUGGGUGAACUUGAUCAAAAAUCCUAACUUCGUGUUUGAUAUCCAUAAGUCCAAUAUUGUCGACUCAUGCCUGUCAGUCGUUGCUCAAACGUUUAUGGAUUCGUGUUCAACGUCUGAUCAUCGACUUGGCAAAGAUUCUCCAAGCUCAAAAUUAUUGUACGCUAAAGACAUUCCGGUGUAUAAAGAUUGGGUGGAACGUUACUACUCAGAUAUCAAAAUUAUGCCAGCCAUAUCGGAUCAAGACAUGAACGCUAUGCUUGCUGAAGAGUCAAGGAUACACAUGACAGAAUUUAAUACGAACUGUGCUUUGUAUGAACUCUACAUGUAUGCUGCCAAAUACAACGAGCAGUUAAUGGUCACUCUGGAAGAAGACGAGUUUUCCCAGAAACAACGGCUAGCGUACAAAUUGGAACAAGUACACAAUUUUAUGAUGGUAGAGAAAUAAUUUAAGGACCAUUAAUCAAAAAACGGAUUGGAUUAUUGCUCAAUAUCGAGUAUGAGUGAUUCAAUGGGUUUCGCUUAUUUUAUAGCGAUUUUAUACAUUGUGGUAUGUAGACUGUAAGAUGUUUUUUUUAACAAACAAAAAAUAAAAAAUAUGUAAUAAUUAAUAAGUUUUUAAACAAAUUUAUAAAUGGUAGA